UGAUAAUUGGUUUUUUCAAAACAAAAUUUCAAAACUCACAAUUGGAAACACAUCAAAAUGUCUCGAGCAUCUAAGUUGACACUGGCUGCUACCGGCUUGGGUACGGCGGGAAUCAUCUACUUCGUUCACUGGGCACAAGAACAAGAAAAAGCUUCCAUGCAUAAGGGGGUUGAGCGAGAUAUGGAAAAGCAGCGUAUUCGACAAGAACGGCAGGCGGAGUUCGAGAUUCAGCGGAGACUUGAAGAAGAAUACAGGAAACUCCAAACGGUCUCCCCAAGCAUAGAAGAUCAGAGUGGAGGCGAAGCGAAACAGGGGAGAGGGGCAUAAAGCCCAAAAGCAUUAUAAAAGUGCUGGAUUGAGUUGGAUGUUAUGCUCUUCACUAUAGGCUCUCAUCUGGUGAGUCCUAAGCCCUUGGGGAACAACUAUUUGAAGGGUGACCAUCCAACAUAACUAAACCGAAGAUAGUGAUAGACGAGUGGCACUUGUAUAAUAUACCCGAAUGUACAGUAUAUGAUAUAGAAUCCCUGUUCCCGCGCAUGCACUCCCAUUUACAUUGUCAUAAAGACGAUCUCUGAUACCUCCUAGACGCACGAAGAAUCCUAUACUAUUAUAUGGCCUGCUCACGUGUCUGCAGUACAAUUAUCUGUCAUCAGAAUGUGGCUGAAUCUAGAUGAAAGGCCAUGGGACCCUCUCAUCUGGCAAUCUGUCUAUCUGAAGCUUGUUCACCG